CAUCAUAGUCAGGCCAGUCCUAAUAAUGUCUGACAUCAUUAAAUUUUCUCCAUAAGGACCAAAAAAGUUCCAAAUCAUUUUACUUACUUUAAAUCUCGGUAAUAGAAUUAAGAUAGCAAGGCUAUGGAAUCCCAAAAUGAAGACCAUAUUGCUUCAAAUUUGCUCAAAGCUCAAAGCCACAUAUGGAAUCAUAUUUUUAACUUUGUAAAUUCAAUGUCACUUAAAUGUGUAGUUGAUUUAAGCAUACCAGAUAUCAUACACAGCUAUGGCAAACCCAUGUCACUCUCAAAACUCAUUUCCUCACUACCAAUCCAUCCUUCCAAAAAACCUUGCAUUUAUCGCUUGAUGCGAAUCAUGACUCAUUCUGAUUUUUUCUCUCAACAAAAUAUCACGGAUAAUGAGCUAGAAAUCGAGUAUAUGUUAACGGAUGUAUCUAAGUUAUUACUUAAGGAUAAUCCAAUGAGUAUGGCACCAUUCGUGCAAGGGAGUCUCGAUCCUACUAUGACAAAUCCAUGGCAUGAAUUUUCCACUUGGUUAAAAAAUGAUGAUAUUACAACGUUUCAAACUACACAUGGGAGGUUUUUGUGGAAUUAUGCAGAGCAUAACCCUAGAUUUAACAAAUUAUUCAAUGACUCCAUGGCAAGUGAUGCUCAAUUAGUCACCAAUUUGUUUUUUGAGAAUUGCAGGGAAGUGUUCAAUGGAUUGGAGUCGUUGGUUGAUGUUGGUGGAGGAACAGGAACCUUAACUGAGGCUCUUGCAAAAUCAUUCCAACAAUUAGAGUGCACUGUCUUUGAUCUCCCACAUGUUAUUGAAGGUUUACAUAAAAGUGAUAACGUAAAAUAUGUUGGUGGAGAUAUGUUUAAAGAAAUUCCACCUGCAGAUGCCAUUUUGUUGAAGUGGAUAUUGCAUGAUUGGAAUGACGAGGAAUGUGUAAAUAUAUUGAAGAAAUGUAAGGAAUCAUUGAAGAAGAAAGGUGAUGAAGGGAAGGUGAUUAUCAUAGAAAUGGUGUUGGACAGUGAGGAAGAAAAUAUUAAUGAAUCAGUUGAAACAAAACUCUUCUUUGAUAUGGCAAUGAUGGUGUUACUAGCUGGAAAAGAGAGAAAUAAGAAAGAAUGGGUUAAGCUGUUUUUAUCAGCUGGUUUUAGUGAUUAUAAGAUAACUCCAAUUUUAGGCUUAAGGUCUGUGAUUGAGGUCUAUCCAUAAUAAAAAUAAAAGUAAGCCAAUUGUCAUAAUCAUCUUAAAUUUAUUAGGAUUAAUAUCUAUUUUGGUAUUAAGACAAUUUAUUUAGGGUAUUGUCUUUAAUGAAACAUUGCAUUCCUUUUAAUUAAGUUAAGUUAUCCAAUUAA